AACCUGGUAGAUGUUUAACAAGACGAGAGCAAGUCUGUCUCCAAGGGAACUAACUCUCCAAUCGUGAUGAAGAAACAGAACGUGCGUACCCUCGUUCUCAUCAUGAGCAUCUUUACCUACCUGCUGGUCGGGGCAGCCGUCUUCGACACUCUGGAGUCGAAACAAGAGAGAAGCCAAAAGAGAAAGCUGGACGAGAGGAAGUGGGAGUUAAUACAGAAAUACAACUUGACCAAAGUGAACUUUGACGAGCUCGAAGUCGUGAUGCUGCAACUGAAACCGCACAAAGCCGGGGUGCAGUGGAAAUUCGCCGGAUCUUUUUACUUCGCUAUCACUGUGAUAACUACAAUAGGGUACGGCCAUGCUGCACCCAGCACGGACUCAGGGAAGGUGUUCUGCAUGUUCUACGCCCUCCUGGGGAUCCCCCUGACCCUUGUCAUGUUCCAGAGCAUGGGAGAACGCAUCAACACACUGGUCCGCUUCCUUUUCCAUCGGGUCAAGCAGUGUCUGGGCCUGCACCACACCGAGGUGUCCAUGGCCAACAUGGUGACCGUCGGCUUCUUCUCCUGCAUGUCAACGCUGUGUGUCGGGGCGGCAGCCUUCUCCCACUACGAGGGCUGGAGCUUCUUCCACGCCUACUACUACUGCUUCAUCACCCUGACCACCAUCGGCUUCGGGGACUACGUGGCGCUGCAGAAGGACCACGCCUUGCAGAACGACCCGCGCUACGUGGCCUUCUGCUUCGUAUACAUCUUGACGGGACUCACCGUGAUCGGCGCCUUCCUCAACCUGGUUGUGUUGAGGUUCCUGAUGAUGAACACAGAGGACGAACGGCGCGACGCCGAGCAGAAAGCCCUCCUCUCCACGAGGGGUGAGAAGAACGCCGACGGCGGUCUGUCUGCUGUUUCUGUCUCGGCCUCCACUUCCUCCUCCACUCCCCUAGCCACUACUACCGGCGGCACCAAGCGAGGCCCGAAGGAUGUGUACAACGAGGUGCUGGGCUUCCAGACAGUGUGUUCGUGUCUGUGGUACCGCAGCAGGGAGAAUCUGCAGGGCCAGGGAUCCAUCCCAAUGAUUAUAAACCGGGACCUGGGCUUCUCUGACCAAUACGUAGAGAACUGUACCAUGCUCUCCCCUCAAUGGGACAUGAUGUCCUCUCACUACUGUGAGCCAGGUGAUACAGGGUGUGUAUGCAGCCCUAACCAGUGCAUCAGUUCCAUAGCCUCUGGCUUAAACUUCCUCACCCCAUUCAGGGCCUUCGCCAAGAGACGCAGCUCGGUCUAGAUCAGACCAAUUUCAAAUCUGGGACAUCAAAACCAGUUCCACUGCCGAUUUGAAUUCUUCCCCUCUAAUCAGGGAAUCAUUUAGACCUGGGACAC